AGAGUCGACACCCAUCCACCCACCCAUACGGGAGGAGGAGGGCUCUCAACUCACCAGGGCAGCUACAUAAACACAGAGCUGCUUUCCUAAUCAGAUUACAACCUGACUGGAAGGAGCGGCCAAGUGCAGCUACGGAUUCAGAAUUUACACAAAGCAGAGUAGAAUAAAGAUGACCGCUGAAGUGGACAUGAAGGAUGUGGAACUCAACGAGCUGGACCCUGAGAAGCAGCCCAUGACCGCCGACGGGCAGGCGGUCAGCGGUGAGAAAAAUGGCAGCGUCAAGGUGAAGAUUCCGACAGAAGAGGCGUUCACGGGCCUGUCCAAAGAAGAACUCAUGAAGGUUGCUGGCACUCCAGGAUGGGUGAGGACCCGCUGGGUGCUGCUCAUCCUCUUCUGGCUAGGCUGGCUGGGCAUGCUGGCCGGCGCCAUCGCCAUCAUUGUCAAAGCCCCACGCUGCAAACCCAUCCCGGAGAUGAACUGGUGGAACCAGGGACCUCUGUACCAGAUCUCUGACGUUGAGGCUUUCUCCGAAGGAUUGGCCGGUAUCGAGCAAAAGCUGGACAGCGUGAACCAGUUGAAGGUGAAAGCUUUGGUGCUCGGCCCUUUUCACACCGUGCAGGUCGACCAGCCGAGCACUCUCAACCUGAAGCAGAUCGACCCGACUCAGGGGAGUGAGAAAGACCUGAUCACUGUGCUGGAGAAAGCCCGCAAGAAGGGUAUUUCUGUGGUGCUUGACUUGACUCCAAACUAUCCGGGAGCUUCCCCGUGGUUUGGCACCAGCGACAUCAACAAUGUGCUGGACCGCGUCCAGGAGGCGGCGGAGUACUGGUUCAAGCUGGGUGUGGACGGCAUCAAGAUCGCCGAUCUCGCCACGGCCUCCAACACUGGGGACUUGUCGCAAUUGCUGGCCGUGGUUAAGGGCAAUGACACCGACGGGGACACCAAGAAAAAGAUGCUGAUGGGCGUGGCCCAAGGCGUUUCGGCCGCAGAGCUCUCCCAGCUGGUCAACACCACCGGUGCUGAUCUGGUGCUGUCGGACCUGCUCAGCGCCAAGAGUCAAGGUGGGGAGCGUAUCGACGCUUUGAACAUUCUGCACUCCGACCAGAGAAGUCUGGGCUGGGGUCUCGGCGCCGCCCAGGGGGAUCAGCUGUCUAAACGGGCCGCAUCUCAGGCGCUGAUCCGCCUCUACCAGCUGCUGCUCUUCACCAUGCCCGGAACGCCUGUCUUUAGCUAUGGGGACGAGAUUGGCCUUCAGAUGGAUGGUGAAAAAUCUCCCACAAUGGUUUGGAACCUCGAGGAGGACCCCGACGCCGAAGGAGCCCCCGGCAAUGAAACCGCAGAGGCUCAGCGCAAGGAAUACGUCGGCGUGAGGAAGUGGUUCAGAUCCCUCAGCGACCUGCGAGGCAAAGAGCGCUCCCUCCUUUAUGGCGACUACUACACUCUCCAGUCCUCCGUCUCCUCGCUCGCUUUCCUGCGCCUGUGGGACCAGAGCGAAAGAUAUGUCACGGCGGUCAACUGGGGCAACGCGUCAGAGACACUCCAGCUCGCACUAGCGCCGACAGCAGAAAAAGUGGAGUUACCAAAAAUGGCUACGGUCACGAUGUCCACGGAUCCAGAAAUGGAGGCCGACUCGACGGUGGACCUGGACAAACUCACCCUGGGACCUGGACAAGGCGUCCUCCUGCAGUUCCCCUACAAUGGCUAAAGAUGGCGCCAGAUGAUUAAUGUUGAAUCUAUAGUUUUACAAAUAAUGUAGCUUGUUCAAAAGAUUCACAUUUGUCUUGACACUUUCUACAGAACUAAAUUAGGUAAAAAAAAAUAUGAUAUAUUGCGCAUUGGCCAGUCUACUUGCAUUUGAUUGGUUUUUAAAAGCUGGCUACCUUUCACACAUGCACUCCGUGAAUAUGCAGAUUGUUUACAAAAAAAAUUACAUUCCGUUAUUGUUGUUUGGCCAUUUCUCUGUGAGCUGUUUGGAUGUUUUUUGUUUUGAAAGAAGUAACUUUUAUAGUCAUUUUUUUAAACAUCAGAUUGAAAGUUUGAACCUGUAUGUUGUUCUCACACUAAAGCAUUCGUGACAAAAUGGUCACGGAAAUGAAUAAACAUAAAGUUCUGUACUGA